AUGAAAAGUAAUUUCAAACACUUGGAUAAACAAAAUCUUUUGAAAGCAUCUUCUUUUCUCUGUUUUGUAUCUUCAAAACAACAACAAAAUAAGCUCAAGAUGCUGCAGAUUAUUGGUAAGUACCGGUCAAGAUCAUCAUGCCGGUACCAGAAGCUAAGUCAUCAUUACGAGAAGGUUACGACAAGAACUAUAAGACAUAACUGGGGGAAGAAGAUCGAGGGUAGGUCAAAAGGGUUCAGGCUAAACCGAUCAAGGAGGCUGGUUCUUAAGGCACUGGUUAUACCAAGAAGGAUCUUGAGCCUUUACACGCGGAUCACAGAUAAAAUGAACAGAGAAGGUUUCUGUCCCAAUCUCAUUCUCUCUUCUCACUGGGGCUUCCCUGUUGUAUUAGAGAACAAACUCUGA